UAACAUUAUAAUAAAUGUGUUGGUAUUACAUUGAAACCAUAUAUGAAGUACCAGUAAAUAUUCAACAUUAUUAUUUUAAUAAUCAGCCUCGUUAAAGAUACAUUUAAAAAAAAUUGCCCACGUGAUUAUAUAGAUAGGUUAAUUCCCGAACACCUAACGUGGUCUGUUUAUCACGUGUCACCCAUAUAUGGGCAUUACCACGUGGUUUUUACCUUUCCACAACAAUUAUUGCCAAGACAACGCCCACUAAAAUAUUAUUGUCUGCGGGCAUCUGCUGGAGCUUAGACACUCAGAAAUUUUAAAAUGCUAAAUCAGAAGAAUUCCUGAAAAUACUAUCCGAUUUUAUAUUGCUCUAUAAGUUACAGAGGUUAAUAUUUUUCGUGUACACAAACCAAAACAAAGCAUGUGAUUUUUAACGUGGUGUCCUGAUGACGUCAAAAUGUAAAGUUUUCAUUGGCUAAUCAAUGACAGGUGUCACUCAAAACCACGUGGUGCAUCGAUAUUUUCCUAGCGUUGAGUGUUUUGGUCGGGCCGCGCCAUCUUCCUCGAAUGUGCGUUGUUUUGCGUUUUUUCCGUACAAAAAUUGCAGCCCGACCAAUUUCAUACUCUGCAAAGGAUAUAUUCAUACCACCAGUUUCUCAUUUUACCUAAUCGAGAAUUGAAAUGAGUCUGGAUACUUUGCUUGAAGCUGCUGAAUUUCUGGAAUGGCGUAACCAGUCCAAAACACGUGUUGAUGAGUCUGCGGGUCGAGUAUCAUCAGCAAACGGUUCAGACACCUCUCAAGAUUCAUAUAGCUCUGCUAAAAUAAUUUACAUGGACCCAGACGAUGCAACACUUCGUCGCCGUGCAGGAGGAGCUGGGACCAGAGAGGUUCACAAUAAAUUAGAGAAAAACAGGCGGGCACAUUUAAAAGAAUGCUUUGACAUUUUAAAGAAACAAAUUCCAACACUAGAAGAUAAAAGGACAUCAAAUCUUUGUAUUCUACGUGGCUCUAUUCGAUAUAUUCAGGCUGUGAAAAGAAAAGAGAAAGAAUAUGAGCUUGAAAUGCAAAGAUUAGCAAAGGAGAAGAUAACUCUCCAAGAGAGGAUACAAAGUUUAAAGUCAGAACUAGCCAAAAUGAAUAUAGAAGUAGAUUUAAACCAGUGGAUUACUCUUCCAGAUGAACAAGACACCAAUUCUACUUCAACGGCAACAGAACAAGGAAGUCCAAUAUGCAGUGAUGAUGAUGAAGAUGACAUCCGAAGUCCCAGCAAGUCCUUUAUGGGUGAAAGAGAUAUAGUAAAGAAAUUAUUCCCAGGCAGCAAUCAUAACUCUAUCAAUCAUCAGCGAGAAAUGACAGUAUUAAAGGUCGCAAAGCCAGACCAUAUAAACGUGCCUGCAGCCACCAUCCUCAAAAUUCCAACCUCCAAGUCCCCACUCCAACAGCAUCUCAUGUCUCCGCUGGUGGGAAACUCAUUGUUGACAAAGCCCUCAGUACCAGUGAGGUCAGAGGCCAUGUCGUCAGUCCAGUCUGUUGUGACCACUUCCAGUUCUGUGGACACACGAACACCAGUCACGCAGCUAUUAGCCAGGACAUUAGAGAAAAGACAGAAACAGCAACAAAGUGCCAUCGUAACAGUGACCAAUGUUAGUCCUAGUGUUAAACCACCAACUGUACCACUAAAGACCAUUCCUUUGAGACAUUCUUUGGGCAUUCCUAUAGCAACACAGUUUGUGGCUGCCCCAGGUGCAGCACAGUUAGCAGCCAUUAACAAACUAGUAUCCCAGGGUACCCUUGCCAUGCCUGUAACAAUGGCCAAAGGAUUUGCCCAGCCAAUACUGGUGUCUACCAACUUAAUGACAGGAUUGACAUCUAGUCAGCAACAGCAACUAUUGAACAAUGCUGCAACACAAAGUUUGGCAAAACAAUCUGUCAUCACCACAUCUUCUGUUACCAAUGCUACAAGCACUGUCAAAGUUUCUGCAUUCUCAGCGGCACCAUUCUCAGCUUCACCAAUGACUGCUACACCACUUUCAGCUACCCAAUCCAUGGGUGCCCUAGGAAAUAUACCUAGCAUUAGACCUCUUGCAACUAGUGGAGCAACUCAUAUGCUUGGACAAAUACCCUUCAAUAUUCUAGCUCAAGCAUUGCCACGGACAUCUCUAGGACAAGUUGUCACACCUGUAACUAGUUCAAUAUCUGCAUCAAUUCCAUCUAGUCUGCCACAGAGUGUAAACAUGCAGCAGCUAAUGUCACUUGCUCAAAUAACACAAGGGACACAACUGGUGUCUCCAAUGACGGUUAUGUCCCCAGGUGUGCAGCUGGCACAAGGACUGACACAGACACAGUUGAAUUCCAUGCUUUCGAGCCCUCUUCUGAAGCAGAUUCCGUUGUUUCCACAUGGGUUCCUUCAGGGUGCCCAGGUGGGUGGGGUUUUGGGUCAGCCUGUGGUGAAACCAGUGGUUGUGGUUAGCCUGCCAAGCGUAGUGACCACCACUGCUCCUACAUCCACCGUCGCGGUUACCACUGCCACCACUACAUCAUAGUCUCAAUAUUUACUCAUUAUAGACCUCUUAUUUACUCCUAUUUGAAAUCCAUGCACUUUGUAUUUAAUUUGAUUCUCUGUUUCACAUAUUUGUGUAUGUGAAUCAGAAUGUCUAAAAUCACACAUGUUAACUUGUUGUAAGAAUGGUAAAAAAAAAAAAAACUCUCAUCAAAGUUAUUCUCCAUGAGAAUGAUAAUUACAUUUAAUCAAAAUAUUAAAGUCUAGGUUUUUGUAUGUUUCUUUUUAAUACAUCUAAUGUAUAUUUGUAAAAUAUUUUCUGCCUUUAGUCCAUAAGUCAAGCUGUACUGAUGUACAUGUAUAUGAUUAAUGGAGUAAUAUUUACCCCAUUUUAUUUUAGCAAGUCGUGUCUGCAUUUGUUACCUUUGCUUUUUAUCAUUAGACUAAUCUUAUAUAUUCCAUUGCUUGACAAAGCAGUGUGUACUAGUUACAGUUGUAACUUUAUUAAUAUUUAGCCUGAUGUGUAGUCUAGCAAAGUCAAAUUUUGAAACAAUAUUGUGCAUGGUAUUUUGAACAGGAUGGAAAAUCUGAAUUUUUAUUUUAAGUGCUAAUUUUGUAUUUUGACAGAGCUGUAUAUUUUUGUUGAAUUUGUUGUUAUUGUUGAAUAUGAAAUUAAACUGUAAAUAUUUCAAGUUUUCUGUUUAAACAUGCCAAAUCACCAUUGUCUGUGAUCUAGAUAUAUUAAUUAUGUUGAACAUAUUCACUGUCAGAGCAUUAUGUAAAUCUUGUGGUGCAGAAGAGCUGAAGUGUUCAUGUGUACUGUACAUGUAUUAAAGUAGUGCAAACGUAUGUGUGGAAGUGGGUGUAUGUCAGAUGAUAAGGAGAGCAUGAAGUGCAAGAAAGGUGAAAUUCUUUUAUUUAUAAGAGUGAAUGGUAUAACUUUAAAUGGUGCAUUAGGUGUCUUUGUGGUGCAUUCUUUUCAUUGGUGUUAAAUGGCUCGUGUUCUGUUGUGGAACUUCAUUAUUUAUUUAUUUUCUUUUUGGUCUUUGAACAGUAUACUAAAUUCAAUUCAAAUUUUUUUUUUUUUAUAAAAUAUAUAUUUGAUUAUUUUUGACUGACAUAACAAAUAUUGUAAAAAAAUAAAUAUACAAAUUAUUGUUAUUGGUAGUACAUGUACUAUGUUGGUUCGAAAUUUGUCUUUUUCUUUAAGUCAUGCUUGCAUCCAUCGUGAGAUAUACUUCAAAAUUAAACUUUAUUUGUUCAUCGUAAACAAUGUCAUUAAAUAUUUUAGAUAUUCUUAUUAUCAUUUCUUUUUCGGUAGUUAUGUCAGAUAUCUCAAAAGCAUCAUAUUCAGAGUUUUUCAGCUAUCAGUAGUCUACUUCAGACUGUUUGCAAAUGUACAAAAUAAAGACAGUUCUGAUGAACGUGUAUCAGAAAAAAAUUG